GCUUUCCGGCGGCGGAGGCCGAUGAGCAUUGUGGGAUACGGAAGGUGUGAUGGCGGCGGCGGGGGCGCUUUGCCGGGCGUUCUCGAAGCUCCUGAGGACAGCUACCUGGGGCGGCCCGUCGGCGUCCUCUCCUUCCAGAUUCAUCCUUAACAACCUGCACAAGAAUGCCACAAAAGUAGAAACAGUCUCUCCCUGUAUGUUACUUCAUACUUCCUUGCCUCGGAAUGGGCUGGAGGAAUUUUUUGAUGAUCCCAAAAACUGGGGAAAGAUAGAAGUCAAAUCUGGGGAUUCUUGGACAGUAGAACAGCUCCGAGGCAAGAGCAGUGAGGAUUUGCACAAACUUUGGUACGUCCUGCUUAAAGAGCGAAACAUGCUUUUAACGUUGGAGCAAGAAGCAAAACGGCAGAGGCUGCCAAUGCCAAGCCCAGAGCGAUUAGAAAAGGUGAAAGAUUCCAUGGAUAGAAUGGAUCUUGUCAUCCAGGAAAGGGAAGACGCUUUGCGGCUCUUACAGACUGGCCAGGAGAAAGAGAGACCAGGCGAAUGGAGACAUGACUUCUUGGGCCGCGUAAUUUGGUACACUUUCAAGGAAUGGCCAAUCCCUUGGUACCUAAAUGCAAAGCAUAACAGGAAGCGUUUCUACUAUUUGCCAAAGAUCAAUCGUUUUCUCAGACUUAGACUUGAACAACAUUUGCGCAAUGAAUCAAGGAAGAAGAAUGCGCAGAAGCGGGAACAGAAGCGUUUAAAGGAACUAUUCCCUCAUCUUGGUGCUCAGUCUCAAAGUUAACGUGAAGUUGGCAAUGUUUGAUGGAAUUGUGGGACAAAUAUUCCUCCUUCUGAACUGGUUGUAAAUGGACAAAGAGUAAGGCAAAACAUACCAUGUGAUGUGAAACAAACUCAUUUCCGCCCCUAAAAUAAAGCUGUUUCAUCCUUCUUGUAAAAUACCGGUAUUUGUUCAUUCAUAGACUUGUUUGUCAACAACCAUUUAAUUAACUGUUUUCUAUGUCAUGGCACAUAGUUUGUAGUUGCAGUCACAAAGAAACAGGUGUGCUCUAAUUAAAAUCCAGUUUGGUUUUUGUAAAAACCAGUUUUUGGUCCUCAUGUUGAGUUUACUUAGCAAUUAUAUUUAAAAGACAGGAAAGUUUUGGGGGUCAUGCAGAGCUCUCUGGCCCAUGAGAUGAUCAAAAGUUGCAUAAAUAUGCACGAUUUUGUACAGCUGGGCUGGAUUUGGCUCAGGUCUGUUAAUAUUAAUCCCAAUUUAUGGUGCAUGUAGCAUGGGCACCAGGGAAGCAAAAAGUUAAAUGAUUCCUGUAUUCAAGUACCAUUCCC